CAUCUGUAAACGGAGCCCCACGUUCAUUAAUUAAAUGGCUUUAGUCCGGCUAGGCCUCAAUUUGCGCUGUUGAGCAGCAGGCGGCGGGCGGUGCAACACUACAUGCCCGGUUUGCAGCCCACAAUCAGAGGGGAGGAGUCUGGAGAGACAGUAGGCAGUGAAAGCAAUCGGGAGGCCGAGUGGCUGUGCCCCCUGUGCCAAAAAGGACAAAUUGACAGAUCUUCCCUGUCUCUUCAUCUCACUGAGCAACACAGUGUGCUUCAAUCCUGUGUUGACAGACUGCUGGACAUUGCUGUUCUGAAACAGGCCACCAAGGGAGGAGAAGAAAAGUAUGCACCCAAGUUUGCAGAUGCUGCAUCCUCACAACUGAAGAACACCGAAGACGUCACUUCAGACCUCUGCCAAUCUGGUGAGAGUGCAGACGCUACCCAGAUGCUUGGAGACACAGAGAUGGAGGAAGAGAGAAUAAUAGAACAGGAGGGAGGUGAAGCUGAACUAGGGCCAGAAGAAGAGGGAAAUCCACCUAAAAGAGCCAAACAGCAAAAUGCAACUGGAAACACGGAAAUCCCAGACCCCAGUGAAAAGUCAGUUGGUAAAAAUGGUGCUGAGAAUAACUCCCGGUUCAAAUGCAAUGCUUGCCUGGAAACGUUUUCCAGCAGAACUGCUUUGAGUGUGCAUUACAACUCUGCAGCCCAUAUUCAGAGGAUGACAACAGGCUCUUCAAAACAAGCCAGUGAAAAUGAGACUCAUGCACUCUCAGUUCCUGUCCUGUCUCGGCCAUAUAUAUCAAACAAACCCUACCAGUGUGCUGUAUGUCGAGUCUCUUACAAUCAUGCCAUCACCCUGGAGAGCCAUAUGAAAUCUGUCUUGCACCAGUCCCGCAGCAGAAAUGCUGGCAUUGUUGCAAAUGCUGCAAACAACGCAGUAGCCACUGCAAGUCUGGGAGGUAGCACCACAACUGUAGUGACCACGUCUGGAAGUGGAACUAGCCAGUUAGUCAACACCACCAACUGUGCUGCUCCUGGGACACUGAUGGUGACUGCGGCAUCAGACAGAGAGCAGCUCCCAACUUCCCAAGUUGCUCCCUCCCUACUUACCUCCCCUGUGGCCUCAGCUCAGGCGGUUUCAGCAUUUCUCACCCUACUCACAUCUAGUCCAAGCACCCUCUCACACUCCCUCCUUCCUUCCCUCUUUGCGGCCGGUGCUGCUCCUGGUGCCACCGUGCCUCAGCUUGUGCCUCAGCCUCAAAUGGUCUUGCCCUUGAUCUUAAAUGGGCUCCAAGCCCAAACCCAGCAGCAUCAAGAAAACCAGCAAGGCCAGCUCCUUACCCAGUGUGUGCCAUUUGUAGGUCUCAGUACAGCCCAGCAAGCUCUUCUAACCCAAAGACUUAACAGCUUACAGAACCAGUGGCCAUCUGCAGGAGUCCCAACAAACACACAGCACUGCCUUGAAGGGCAAAACGAGACUAUGAAGACUAAGAAAGAACAAGAAACGCAGGAGAUGGAUGGGACAGCUGAAGAGAAGGUCUCAGAUCAGACCAAGGACAAGAAGAACUGUACUACAGAGAAGGAUGAUGAGGUUAAAGAAUUUGCACAGUGUCCUAAUAAAGAAAGCAAAGUAAAGGUUGAGAAUGAUGAUGACCAGAAAGCACAUAUGGAUAGCACAACAGAUGGUGAAACUUCAACUAAUCAGUUGGACCUGGAAGGUGAUAAAGCAGCUUGCCUCAACCUCUCCCCGGUGGAAACAGAGAGGAGCCUCCGGAAUAAGAACCUCUCGCCUUCUGCAUCAGUGCCCAGCAACUCAAGCCUCAGUCCAAUACAUUUAAACCUUACACUUAGCCCUGAUUCUACUCCUCAAAAAUCCCAAUCUAGCACUAGCCCUUGUGGCUCUCUUGGAACCCCAAAAUCCAGCCCAAGUACAAAUGCCUUAACCAACAAACAAACCCGACCCCAUUGUUAUACAAAGGGAUCCAUGUAUAUAGACCUUCCAACACUGACAGAGUUCCAGAUGGAAGUUCUUUGGGCAUUCUUUGAAUCACGUAGUGAGGCUGAUGCUGCAAGUCCACCACAUGAGGACUGUGAGGCCCUUGGUCGAGAGGUUGGGUUGUCUGAGGAAGAGGUACGUAGGUGGUUGAGCCAGGCCCGAAAUGCUAAACAGAAACAGAGAGAGACAGAGAAUCUACAAGGUUUGGCAGGACUUAUGAGGCAUGCCCAAAGUUCUGACAAUGACUUUGAUGACGAAGAAAGGUCACUGGUUAUUGCAGAAGGCGAGGAUGAUGCUGAAGCAUCUGGUAGUCAGGCAAUAGACUUGUCCAGUACACGAGGCAAACAUAGACAUAGAUAUUUGGGAAGGGAGGGUCAGGGAGAUUCCUGUCUAACGUCCGACUCAGAAAACGAGGUAUAUACCUCUGUCAUUGUGUCUGAUGAGGAAAGUCAGAAUGGGUCGGCAAGGGAGGGUCCUGAAAGCCCAGUUAAAGAUGAAGCUCAGUGGGAGGUCCAUAGUAAUAAGGGGUCAGUUGGAGGAAAGGUCCUUCGCUCCACUACAGUUUUUCUCUCUGAUGCAGAGGAUGAAUAUGAAGAUGAAGAAGGAGAAGGGGAUCAGAGGUCCCAGAGGAAAAAGCGGAAGGGGGAGUUUGAGCAUGAUGAGGUGGAGGUUAAAAAGGAAAGACAGGACCCGGAUGUUGAUCUGGAGUUGGAGGCCCAAGCAGAUCCUCCAAAUUCCCUCUCCCACACCAUGGACCACACUGAGAUCCAAUCUAUUGGUAUCCACUCACUUCCACUGUCCCUUGCUCCCUUUUCUGCCCAGUUCCUCAGCCCCUAUGUCCUCUCGCUUGCUCCUUCAAUGGUUGGAGAUAGGAGCAAGACACCGAUCUUUUCGAACCCACCAACUAUCACACGCUUCUCCAGUUCUCUUCUUUCGCAGUCUUUUUCCUCCAACAACCAAACUUCUCACUACUUGUCUAAUGGUGGUGACUGUGAGUCAGCUCUGGAUCUCAGUAUAGGGAAAAACAACUCAAAAUAUGCUUCCUCCUCAUCCUCUCUGGCUGACAAAAUUGCAGCACAAAAGGGACAGUUGCUUGAUGGACUUGGCCUAAGGCCUACAUCUAAAGGUCUGGUAGUUGUCCAGGUGAAGCCAGAAUCUAUUAAUGCCAUGUCCUCCUCUAACAGCAGUAUGACUCUAGUUAACUGCAACAACAUGACAAAGUCUAGUAUUUACAUGAGAGCAGCAGAGAAAAUGAAUGCUACACUAUUGGAAAGAGAGCGAGAAAAGGAGAGAGAGAAGGAGAGGGAGCAGGAGCAGCAGCAGAGGAAGUCAAAAGGAAAAAGGUAUCGGGAUAUGCGACGUUCAAGAACCAUCAUUCAAGCUGAACAACUUGACAUUCUGUAUGGCUGCUAUUUCAAGGACCCAAACCCUGGGAAACAUGAGUUUGAACAGAUUUCAGAGUGGGUGCACCUUCCAAAGAAGGUUGUUCAGAUUUGGUUCCAGAACAUGAGGGCAAGAGAACGUAAAGGUGAGGUCCGAUUCAUCAGUGAUGGGACCCUAGCAGCAGUUGGCAAACCUCUUAUUAAGUUUACCUGGCCUCUUUCCAAACCGAUAUUCUCGAACAAGCCACCUCAAAAUAAUACUGGUUGCAUCACAACAACACCAAUUGUGCGCACACUCAUUAAGACAGAAAGAGAGCCUGUGAAGGAGCUGGGCAAACCUGCUACGCUGAAAAAAAUAGCCCCAGUCCCCAUCAAGCCAAAGGAAAUUGUGUCUUCUACCACAGUCUCUUCUGUGAGCAGCAGUGCGUGUGCAGUGCCAAAGACCAAACUUGAAACCACCAGCAAUGCCACUAUGGUCAAAGUUGCACCAAAAGUCAGCGCCCCCUGUCCUUUUAGCAUCACCCAAGGACCCAAUCCCCAUUGCACCAAGACCUGCCCAGAAAAGAAAGGUAGAAGAGGAGAGUGAGGAAGAAAAGACUGAUGAGGAGAGAGACGAUGAAGAUGAGAUGGGUCCUGGACCAGGGACCACCAACCGUAUGGUGCCCAAACUGCCCACAACACCCAUCAAUAAUAGGCCAAAUGCUUCAAAUGUGGUCACACAAAAACAUAAUGGGCUCAACUACUGGACCUCCAAAGCCCCAAUUAAGAUCAACACUAUUUCAAGAGAACAACUGGCUCUCCCCACACACACACCUCCUCGUACCAUCCCCCCUCCUCCCACCCCCAGCAUUGCGCCAGUCAGCCCAAAUACCCCAUGCUCUGGCAAAGUGGCCAUCCCCCCCACCCCCGUCAUAUCUAAACCAAGCCCAUCUGAAAGCAGCUUUCUUCCCCAUUCAUCUAGCCGCAGACCACGCACACACCUGUCCUGCCUACAGCUGUCCAUUCUGCAGUCCUGUUAUGAGACCUGUGCCCACCCUAAUGCCAUGGAGUGUGAGGCCAUCGGCAAUGAGCUCAAUCUGCCGCUCAAGGUGGUUCAGAUUUGGUUCCAAAACACCAGAGCCAAGGAGAAGCGCUGGAGGCUGCAGCAAGAGAAAAUUUCUCCUCUGUCAGGUGGGAAGGUGGACAUGAGUUCAGGAAGUUACCUGCAGUACAACGCUCUCAAAGCAAAUCGGCCCAUCCUGCCCAAACCGGUUCAGCUGACAGUUAAUGACACUCCAGCUUCCCCAGUGGCCGGCCAGACAGUGCAAAAGGAGACCCUGACAGGCCGCUGUGAAGCCUGCAAUGUCUCAUUUGAAUCUCGAGCUGCAGCGAGGGCCCAUGUCUUCUCCUCACGUCAUCUGGCAACCCUGAGAACAACAAAUUUUGGCCAACCCUCAACGCUUGUCAACAAGAAUGGAACGAGUAAUGGUGGACCUGGCAGUGCUGUGCAAGGAUCACAGGUCUCUCAUUCUACUCCAGUGUCAAGUACUGGUUCUAGUUCCAUAGGGGAGAUGGUUAUUGAGGCACCUACACCGAAAGCUACCAGCAGCUAGAGAAUCAGAUCGGGAUGGGUCUGCACACUGACAUUCUUGGGCCCAUUUGGGAUCCUAGAUUUUAAUAAAUAAAUUUGAGCACUAAUCCUCAAAAACUAACGUUUUGGGUUUUUGAAGUUGGCUCCCACUGCAUCCGCUGUCUCUUGCUCAACCUUCACUGAACUACGUUGCUCUAGAUCCGCCUGGUAUCUAAUACAACCGCAGACUGUUUCCAUGCUGCAUCACACUUUGAGUUGCCGUUUCAAAAGUGAUGAACACAUCUCUAGUCUCCCUCAAUCCUCACACCACUUUAUCCAAACGUUUUUGGUCCCAAGUCUGUGGUUAUAUAUUACUUCAUUGAACUUCCUAUAAUUUGUUACGACAUUUAACUUGCCAUGCUUGAACUGUUCGCAUUGGUGUUUCCUCUUUGGAAGUGGCAAUUUGACAGUAUGCCUGGAAACACCUUUUGGGAUAAUAACAUGAAAUACUUGCAUUAAUGACUCCCAGAUUGCUCCUGUGGAAUUGUUUUCUCAUGCCUACUCACUUUUAGGGAGAAAAAUGCUUGGAAAAAAAAAAACUGGACUGAACUGUUGGGAGAGGAUGAACUGGUCUGGACUGUCACCUUUUUACUUUGCUACAAGAGCUUGAUUUGAAGAGUGUAGUGUCUACUUAUUUUGGGAUAUGAGAAAAGGUACUUGAUAGAGAACAGGGCUGUUGACUUGUCCCCAUUUACAUGUUGAUAGUUUUCAUGACAAUCCAAAUACACAGGGCAAAAAGAGAGGCUGAGGGAACAGUCUUGGCAUACUGCACUUUGACACAUUUUACAUAGUUUGAAAUGUUUUAAGCAUUCUAAUGCAAGUGUCUUUUUAUGAAAAGAUACAUUAAUGCAUGUUGGAUGCCUUAAUAUAAAUCACGUGAAAUAAAUUGGUUUUUGCUAUUCUAAUGAGACAUGUUUUAGAUGUGAGCGUAAUGUGCGAGAGGCAGGCCUGGGUAUUAAAAUGAAGAGUUUGUUCCAAAAUGCUUUCAUAUCCACCAUGGGGGGAAAUAACUGAAUGUCAUAUUCUUUUUAGAUUAUGGCAAAUCCUGUCUGUUGUCAGCAUUCUCCUGGCCAAGGACUAUAAUUACCAACUAUCUUGUUUUUACAACAAAUUUCUUUGAUCCUGUGGAUUUUACUUUCUCUUUCGAUGGUGAAUAUGUCAUUUUGAAAUGCAACUCUUCAAAGCUAUUAGGGGUAAAAAAAUGUGGUUUUGCCUAUUGUUGGUGUGUGAUAUAUGAGCGCCUUAAAAAGAAACACCACCAGGUUUAUAAAUUAAUGCCCAGGUGAUAACCAGUAAUGUUGGUGAAUAAAUUUUAUCCUCAUCUGGCCCAGAGGGUCAGAUGAAUUUAAUACAUUUACAGUUUUCUUGUUCAUGAAUACUGUGCAAAACAGAAAACUGAAGAAUUCCUUAUAUAAUUCAAUAUUUAUACAAAUGACAAUGUAAGCAAUUAAACUGGUUUAAAAGAUUUUAUUUAGGUCAGCAGCCAAGUCUCUUGAAAUACUGAGAGAACAGAGCUUGAAAUUGGCUGUUCUCUACUUUUUCCUCUUUUUUUUUUUUUUUUUUUUUUUUCAGUUUUGAUACAGAGUUACUAGUUCAAUCAAUGUAUGUGCUGUGAAAUUAGAUCUAAUAUCUGGAAACCAUCAAAAGGGAGUAAGUUGGGUAUUACUAGCAUCCUCAAGGGACUUGUGAAUACUCAAAUCUUUGCAGCAAAUUAGAAAACAUUAAAUGUGUUGACUGAGAGCUAAUAAGAUGGUGCUGUGCUGAAGGACACGUAACAUACUAAAGAUGUAUUCCUUCAAUUUAAGUUGUAUAUUAAUGUUACUAUUGAUAGUUUUAACUAAAUGCAAAACUAAAACCUGAACUUUUGUAAAGAAAUAUAUAAAAUAACUGAUAUUCCAAAGUUAUCCUCCCUUUGCUUUCUGUCAUUCAAAUACCAAAAAGCAAUCUUGAGGUCGACAGAGAGCAGGUGAGGUGUUUGUUAAUGCAAACUGUAGAACAUCCCACGGCUUGACACUUGCACUAGUCCACAAUUUUUGCACAAGCUACAGACAUUUCAAAAUGAACACAGCCAUUUACACAAUUUAAAGAGUCACUUGGUGGGGUUUCUGAAACAAGGACGGUGACAGUGUCCUUUCCUGAGUAAUAAUUUGUACUCCUGAUAGAACUGUUUCUUGUGUGUAAAGCGAGGACUGAAGUGCUUUAACUUCAAGACUGGGAUUACACACACACACACGCACACACACAGACAUGGUGUUGCACUGUCCAAACUAGCUAGGUUUUUAUGGAGAUUUGCUUUUUAUUCCUGUAUGUUUCAUUGUCACUUUGAUUAUCACUCUUGUUAUUAUAGUACUACUACUUAUACAAUUUAUCAUUACUACUCAUCACUGUUUUUGAUUAUUAUUGAUCAAUAAUGGUUUUAAAUGCCACCUCUCUGCUCAAAAACAGUAUGAUAUUCCUCUGAAUAUUGAACUAUAAUAGUGGCAGUGUUGUUAUAAAUCGUUAGACUUUUGAUUAAGCGUUUUUUUUCCUCCUCACUUGUACCUGCCUUUUUGUGUUUGGUCUCCAUUAUGCUUUCUUUGAUAUACAGAAAAAGAAAUAAAAUCAGUUGAACGACAAA